AUGAAAGAGAGGAUGAAGAGCAACAGCAAAAAGAAGCUAGAGCCAGAAAUCGUACCGAAGAGCGCUCUCGGUGAAGGUGUAGCCCUUUUGCUGAAGAUCACCCAUGACGUUGCUCCAGUCUUCAGCACUUGGCUUGAUGUGUUGAAAGAGACUGAUGAGGAUGUCUUCGUGGACGUUGGCAUCCCACUGCAUGACUUGACGUUUGGCCAUGGUGACGACAAUAGGGAAAGGAUAGAGAAGGGGCCUUUUGAGGAUGUUGAAGAAGAAGAAGAAGAAGAAGAGGAAGAAGAACGCAGCUUGCUCAGUGUUGUUGAGAAGUUGAGGAGACGAGAAGACGAAGCAACAGAGGAUGAUCUCCCCCGCGAGGAUAUUUGUACUCACUGA